AUGUCCGAUCCGACUUUUUACCAACAGUUUUACUUGCCUCCUGCUUCCUCUUCAUCUUAUGACCCUCUCUCGUUUUCUUCCGCCCAACAAUCAAAAAACGAAAACGACUCGCAAUCAUAUCAUCAUCCUGGAACCGGAAACGACAAUGGAUCUCACAUACCUACAAGCACGAUAGACCUGAAUAUCCAUUAUCAAGAUUCUUACCCUUACCCUUAUCCUUAUCAGGUGCAAUACCCCUAUAACCCCACUUCUUCGACAUUUGAAUAUCAACAAACCACACAACCUCAAUCACCUCCGGGUUCUUUCGACUAUUCUCAAUAUACUUCUUCGUCACCUAUCUCAGCCUCAUUCUCUGUUCCCUCAGAAUACUAUCAGUCAUAUCCCAUUGCUCAAGACACAAAAUCCAACACUGUACCAUCGUCCUCGCCAACCCAGUAUCUGCCCCAAGUAGGAGUGGCGAAUUAUCCAUCUCAACCUAUAACGGACAUAGGAGUUGAUACAUUCCCACCAUCCGGUGCACAACCGCUGACAAUCUCCAAAGAAGGUCAAAUGAUGGAGAGAGGGUAUACUUGGCCUAUGCCCAUAGCUUUGGAAGGUAAGAUGCAGGGUAUGAAUUUGGAGAAUCAGAGUGGUGGUGGGAUGUGGCACAGCGCCGAAACUGGUCCGAGCGUUGUGAACGUGGCGAAUGAAAAGAAAUCAUUCGAAACCAUCAAUACCAGUACUUACCCUUCAUCUUCCUCGUGCUCGUGUAUAGCUCCGAGUAUACCAACAUGGGGAACGGAAACAUCAUCUUAUCAAGUAUCCACCACGUCACCGACUCAGCCUACUACUCCUCGACAGGCAUUCAUCUCCAAACCCUCAUGGCUAUCCUAUACUUCACCUAUCAACCAUGGGUAUCGACCUCAACUCUACCCACCUGACAAACAGCAAUAUCGAUAUUUCUCAUCUACACCCACAUCCCCAUCUCACAAGCCGCCUACACCAAUCCCACUCACCACUUCAUUUUCUCUACCUACUCCUGUACCAUCAUCUCCGACUUUCGUAGUCAGACCUUCUCUCGAGAUGUUAACCGCCAAAGUGGCUAAACCGAAGAGGAGAUUACCAAUUCCACCGAGAAUAAACGGCUGGGUACCACCCGAACAAAGACCAUUACCUUCGAGCGAUAUGGGUGAAGAAGGUAGACCAAGGAUGUUACCUGUCGUAACACCCGAAUACUUCUCACCCACCCAUCCUAACUUUGCCCACAAUACAUCUUCCACUUCCACCGUGAUAACCCCUUCCGAACCCCGAUCGAUGUUUGCGAAAGUAUCAGUAUCACAGUGCGAUACCUGUCUUCCACAGGUACAAACUCAGAGUCAAGAUACUUUCGCUUUCGCAAUGUCGAAUCCUCCCGACUCCUCCAUCACCAACCUGACCAUGCCCUCCUCGACUCACCUAAUGGCGAUAACCGAACCUCUAUCGAUCAACGCUCUAUCACCAUCCCAACCUCAACCUACCCCGUCAAGAGCAGUACUUUCCAAGAGGGACUUACUGACUCGACAACCCUUUGACCCUUCUGGAUCUGGAUCUGGCUCUUCCCGGCCUCGAACGGAGUCGGAUGCAGUACGACAGAGGGGUAGACCAAGGUCCAAGGCUGGUACGGCCAAGAGACCUUCGACGGGUGGAUCUACGUUGGGGAUGGGCACUUCGAGGAGAUGGAGGAUUGAGCAGAAGCUCGCGAGUAGUGUUGGGAUGAGGAGGUUCAUGUGCCCGGAUUGCGAUGAACCGUUCACCAGGAGGAAUGAUCUCGAGCGUCACCAGAGAUCAAAACAUACUGGUGAAACUCCGUUCGUCUGUCCGGGAUGUGAUAAGGGCUUUAGCCGGAAAGAUAAACUCGAUCAGCAUAUCGAGAAAGUCCCGGCUUGUAAGGCUAUCGCCCCACCCCGAGAGGAAAGAGUACGGAGACCGAACAACAACAGGGUUGAACCUGUUCCUAAUCCGCAAUCUCUUCCUCACUCUCAUCCACAUUAUCAUCCGCAUACGAACUCCACCUCGAGUUCUUUCCUUGAUCGAUGCGAUAUUCGGUUAUACAAUGCUCAUAUCGAUGACAACAAUUAUCAUCCGAUGAGUGUUACAACCCAACCAAAUCAAUCUUAUCAUAAGUAA